GGUUGGCUCUGUCUCCUUCCCUUUCUCUUGGUGUUGCGGCGGUGGGUCGGAGCCGCUGUCCCUGAUCCUGGCACGUUCCCCUCUAAAUUUUUCUUUUUAAAUUUGGAUUCCCCUAAUUUGAGAUUUGCCCAUUAGCGUCCCAAUUCGGAAUCGCUGAUCAGGCGUUUGCGUUCCGGUGUCUUUACCAAGCAUUUGUGAAAUAGACCCCCUUAUCCUUUAAGAUGGCGGUGGUUAGCGGGCUGUCGGGGCCGGCGGUUGCCCGGCUUGAGGGCCGAGAAUUCGAAUACCUGAUGAAGAAGCGCUCGGUGACCAUCGGGCGGAACUCGUCGCAGGGCUCCGUAGACGUGAGCAUGGGCCAUUCAAGCUUCAUAUCCCGCCGGCACCUGGAAAUUUUCACGGCAGGUGAAGAUGGGGCGGGCGGUGGAGAUUUCUAUCUGCGAUGCCUUGGCAAAAACGGGGUGUUCGUGGAUGGGGUGUUCUUGAGACGCGGGGCACCUCCUCUGCAGCUCCCACGAAUGUGCACGUUCCGGUUCCCCAGCACCAACAUCAAGAUCACCUUCACCGCCCUGGCCAGCUGCAAGAAGGAGAAGAGGGAGGCGCCCGAGUCGCCGGUCAAGCCUGUGCAGCCGCACAUCUCCCCCCUCACCAUCAGCAUCCCGGACAACAUCGCCCACCUGAUGAGCCCCCUGCCCUCGCCCACGGGCACCAUCAGCGCUGCGAACUCCUGCCCAUCGAGUCCGCGCGGGGCCGGGGCGUCGGGCUACAGGAUGGGCCGCAUCGUGACCUCCGACCUGCAGCUCAUCGCCGACCACUCCCAGUCCGAGAACGACAAGGAGGCGUCCGGCGGAGACAGCCCCAAGGACGACUCCAAGCCCCCGUACUCGUACGCCCAGCUGAUCGUCCAGGCGAUCACCAUGGCGCCCGACAAGCAGCUGACCCUGAACGGGAUCUACACCCACAUCACCAAAAACUACCCGUACUACCGCACGGCCGACAAGGGCUGGCAGAACUCGAUCCGCCACAACCUCUCGCUCAACCGCUACUUCAUCAAAGUGCCUCGGUCCCAGGAGGAGCCUGGGAAGGGCUCCUUCUGGCGCAUCGACCCGGCGUCCGAGAGCAAGCUCAUCGAGCAGUCCUUCCGCAAGCGCCGUCCCAGAGUGCCCUGCUUCAGGACCCCGCUCGGGCCCCUGUCCUCCAGGAGCGCACCGGCCUCCCCCAGCCACACGGGGGUGCUGUCUGCACACUCCAGCGGCGCUCAGACCCCCGACAGCCUGUCCCGGGAGGGCUCCCCCGUGCACAUGGACCCGGAGCCCGCCCCUGCCCCGCCCGCGGCCCCCCAGCCCAAACUCACCGUCAUCCAGGAGGCGCACUUCACCCAGAACGCCCCAGGCUCCCCGCUGGGCGGCCAGCCCGUGCUGAUCGCGGUGCAGCGGCCGCUGCCCCAGAGCAUGAAGCCGGUGACCUACGCGGUGGCCACGCCCGUCCCCGCCGCCGCGCCCCAGCAGCCGCUCAUCCACGUGGUGCACCAGAUCCCCGCCGUCUCCGUCACCUCCGUCAGCGGCCUCGCCGCCGCCGGCGCCUACACCACCCAGGCCGCCGCGCUGCACCCGGCCCGGCCCGAGCCCCAGGAGAACGGGGAGCACAAGGAGGUCAAAGUGAAAGUUGAACCAAUCCCCGCGGUCACCGCCGUUUCUAUAGGAACGGCCAGCCGCAUCAUCCAGACGUCCCAAGCCACGCCCCUACAGACGGUCGCCAUCGUGCAGCCGACGCCCCUGGGGCAGCACCAGCUGCCCGUGAAGGCCGUCACGCAGAACGGCACCCACGUGGUGCCCGCCGCCGCCGCCGUGCCAGCGCAGGCCACCACAGCCUCGGCCGUCGCCAGUCCGCUGCACUUGCUGGCGACCCACGCCUCCGCCUCCGCCUCCCUCCCCACCAAACGGGCCAACGGUGACCCCGCCCAGCCCCCCGAACCAAAGAGGCUCAAAAUGGAGGACGCAGAGAACACCGCCACGCCCGAAAAUACAGACAGCACAGCGGCCCGGGAGCCAGCCGGCCAGGACUAGCUUCUCCCGCACCAGCCCCCCCACCCCCUCUCUCUCCAACUCUCUCUCUCUCUUUCACUCACUCAUUCUCUCCCCCUCUCUCUCUGACUCUCUCUCCCUCUCACACCUACUCUCUCUGUCUCUCUCUCUCACUCGCUCGCUCUCACUCUCUCAAACACACUCUCACCCUUACACUCUCACUCUCCUCUCUCUCUCCCUCCCUCUCACUGGCUCUCCCCAUUUCUCACUCUCUCUCUUACUCUCCCUCUCUCUCAAUUUCUCUGCCCCUCUCUCACUCCCCCAUAUCUCUCACUUUCCCUCUCUCUAACUCUCGCCAUCUUACUCACUCUCGCUCUCUCUUACACACAAUUUUUCACUCUCUCUCUCUCUCCCUCACUAUCUCUCUCUUUUUCCCCCUUUAUUUUUGUGGCCCUCCAUCCACCACUCCCAAGGUGCCAAAAGGAGAAAUGUCAACAACAGCAACAAACAUUAAAAAUCAUCUUUGAACUAUGGAAUGUGUUAAAAGUAAAAAAAAAAAAACAAAUUCCAGAUAAUUUUUAUUUUCUUUUUUAAGUACAAAUUGGGGAAAAAAUGAAAGGCGUCCAUUUGAGGAAACCAUCGCUGCUGAAGACCCAUAAAAGCCAGACGUGGAGGAGGCUGUGAACGCUGAAACAGAGAAGGCUGGAAAUCCACCAGGAAGCAGGAGGAAACGCCAGGAAGCACCGGAGGA